UUUGCUCAAACUUUUUUUUACAUUUCAUAUGGGUGGUUACGAGAAUGUCGACACUACGGUAUAUCGUUCUGCUGUAUGGAACUACAUUCACGCUCUUUUCGGAAUACGACAUGAUGAUUAUGAUUACGCUAAGGUAAACACAUUGCUGUCGCGUGAGAUGAAAACAUUUGUCAAAACCGCCGCGUGUUUUCCACAUCGCAUCACAGAUGAUAUGAGAGCAUCAGUCAUGAAGGAUUUUAAAAUUUCUGAGAAGAUCCACGUAAUGCUGUUGAUCACCGAAGCUCGUCUACAAGCGUCACUACUCUAUUUCACUCGAGCUCUUACUAAUCACUAUUCACAAGCAAAGAGAGCCAGUCAGCCAAAACGUCUAGACUAAGUUGCCACGUGUCGCCGCUUGCCGCCGUAUGUCAUCGCUUGUCGCCCGACGUGGUCCCAUCACAAUCUUCAAGUUGCAUACCAAGUUCACGGCCUCAUGCGUACUCAAACAUCUAAUCACAGCACAUACCGCAGGCCACGGUCUUUACCCUCCAACUUUUUGUUAGCUGAAUCAUGCAUGUGUCAAAAAUUCUACCCCGUCUCCACUAUGCGCUUCGCCCCGUUCCCCUCCUGCACCCUCCCCCCCCCCUGAUAAACGUGUCUCGUGGCCUUUUGCUUAUCUCGUCCCUACCUGGUAUUUUCUUACCUUCAUCGUGUCCUACCUUAUUUGACUUACGAUUUUUGUUGUUGAUUUUUUGCCCAUACGGUUUACCUAGCUUUUACAGUAAGCACAUAUAUCGGAAUCACAAGUUCAAUAGUAUUAAGUUUGAAUCUUGAGUACAAUUUGCCGUCUCUGACUCUACCACUGCUAUAUCGCUGAGUCUCUUAUCAGUUCUAACACCUCUUGUACAGUACAAUCUAUUCGUAGUAUUGUUUUAGCCCGCGGUAACUAUAAUGUCGUUCAUCAUUUCAGUCCAUUUUAGUACAAAAAUCACUUUCUGCAAUUGCGGACCUUGGCGUAUAGUUUCCAAAUAGUCAAAUUAUAUUGUAGUACCCGCUAGUAAUGAAAUGGCAUUUUCAUGCUUGCUACAGCAAACAACUGGAAGCACUCCGUCUUUGGGCAGCAGAGUCGCUAGUAUGCCGAAGCUGUGCCAGCUCCGUGCCAGUACCGUGUUGAAACCACGUUGACGGUCCUCGCAUCGAUCAAUGUUCCGGCGUGGCGCUAACUGCGCUGGAAGUGUUGGCAUCAACUCUGGACGCAGUCUUAGAGGCGAUUAUCGAUCGUUCGUUUGGUCGCACCGCGUCGUUAGUGCGUUGCGGUUGCUGCUUCGCGUCUACAUAUUGGCGCAUUACUGUCACGCGUCACGCAAACAAAAUGUUUAGCGGCUAUGCGCAUGCUUUUAGUAAAACCUAGUAGUUCUGGUAAUUUUUGCAUAAUCGCCAGAAGUCCGUAACUUCAGAAAUGGUACAAAAAACAAACUUAACGGAGAAAAUUUAAAAAAUAGUCACGCUAUUUCAAGCUUCUCAUUAUGAUGAACCGACGGCAAUAUUACCUCGCAGAUCCCCUCAUUACAAUCCACGGGCUUGAUCUACCUUGUAUACCUUUUAUUUUACACAAACACCCGCUGUGCUUGUCGUAAGCGGCAUAAUUUAGCAGGCUAGCUUUGUUCGUUUUUUAUAUGCUAGAUUUUUCCUUAAAAGCGCAGUUUUUUCCUAGUCUCUCUACAGUCGUUGCGGCGUCUUACAAGUGCAGAAGCUAUUAGCUAUUUUUCAUAAUCUGUUCCUGUGUUUAUCAUGUAGUCGUACUCUUGCGUUUAUACCUGCGUCAUCAAUGCGGGCGACGCACAAGUUGCGCUAAGACUGCGGUACGUAUUUAGCUGUCUGCGCCUCCUCGGUCAUAUAUUCUUUCACCAGUGGACGCCAACCGCGAUUGGUCCUUCGCAACCCCCUCGUGGAUGCAAUCUGUGCAUUGUUCGCAUUGGUGUCUUAUUCUUUUUCUCGCUUAGCGCUGUGUAGAAUUUUUUACAAAUUCGUUCCUAUACGCUUCUUGCGCUAAUUCCACCUCUUUAUUCUAAUCGCUUCAGCGUGAUAGCAGCCUGGCAAACAAAGUAUGUGUAUUGAUCGGUUUACUACCUAUCCAUGAAUCCGAAUGUCGUGUCGCAUCAUGUGUAAUUUUUCCUCACAAACCCCGUUACCUGAUUUUUUUUUGCCCGCACAACAUCAAACCCCUACCAACAGGCAAUCCAUUCGAAAUGCUUAGCCCUAAUUACGGAAUAAUCUUUUCUUUGAUUACGUUUUGAUGUGUCCUCAGGGGCGUGUUACUGUUCUUGUGAUGCUCUGUUGAUAUAUAGUGUUUGAUUAUCGUCUUGCUAAUGUUGUUAACUCAGACCUUGUUUUUCUUUGAUUCUUAGAGUAAACAAUUCGCGUUUUUAUUUUGCUAAAUUGAAAAGCAAAUAAAACAUGCUU